AUGGCUGGAGCUACAGAUCUAACAGUCACUUCUGUUGGGUUUGAAAGAAUCAUGGAACGAAACCAAAACCAAGAAUCGGAGAAGGGGAAUCACCACAGGCCAAGCAUAGAAGCCAUCCUUAUGGCUCCAAAGUUGCCGAAGGCAUUGCCACCGGUUUCUUCCGCACCUGAGCGUGAAACUAUCAGGCGUCCUCGUGGCAGGCCAGCUGGCUCAAAAAAUAAGCCAAAACCUCCUAUUAUUGUCACUCGAGAUAGUGCUAACGCACUCCGUGCCCAUGCAAUGGAGGUGAGCUCCGGUUGUGAUGUGGGUGAGAGUCUAGCUAACUUUGCAAGAAGGAAGCAGCGUGGAAUAUCUGUACUGAGUGGGAGUGGGUGUGUAACCAAUGUUACCCUUAGACAACCAUCUUCAUCUGGGGCAAUCGUGACCCUUCAUGGGCGGUUUGAGAUACUCUCGCUGAUUGGAUCUGUCUUGCCCCCACCUGCUCCGCAAGGGAUCACGGGAUUAACCAUCUACUUGGCAGGGGCUCAAGGGCAGGUUGUGGGUGGAGGCGUAGUUGGUGCACUCAUUGCUUCAGGCCCUGUUGUGAUCAUGGCUGCAUCAUUCAUGAAUGCAACUUUUGAUCGUUUGCCACUGGAUGACGAUGAAAUUACUGCUGCUGUGCAGAAUCAGCAUUACCAAAAUGGUCGCCACCAUCACCUUGAUAUUUCAGAUUUAUACGGAAUGCCACCGAACUUGCUCACCAAUGGUGCUGUGACCCCGGAGAUAUAUUCUUGGGCAGCAGGGCGAACCAUGUCAAAAUCCUAG